AAUCCUGGAGCCUGUGAGGCAGCCUGUAAGCUUGAGUAGUCUCAAAGGAAAGACACUUGCUGUUGAUUUAAGUCUGUGGGUUUGUGAAGCACAGACAGUUAAAAAGAUGAUUGGAGUAGUUACCAAGCCACAUCUGAGUCUUAUAUGCAGUGGAAUGGAAACAUCAGCCCAGAUACAGAAUCACAGAAUUGCUAAGGUUGGAAAAGACCCACAGGAUCAUCCAGUCCAACCAUGCGCCCUUCACCAAUGGUUCUCGCUAAACCAUGUCCCUCAACACAACAUCCAAAUGCUCUUUGAACACCACCAGGGUCGGUGACUCCACCACCUCUCUGGGCAGCCCAUUCCAGUGCCUGACCACCCUUUCAGAGAAGUAGUAUUUCCUAACAUCCAGCCUGAAUCUUCCCUGAUGCAGCUUGAAGAUGCAAGGUUAUGGCUUCAAAAGUGAGAUGAAGGGAUGGACAAAUUUCUACAAAGAAAAAAAAUAAUAAUAAUAUUUCAGAAACCUAUUUUUUCGGUACUCUUUUUUCACAUCAAUGGGAAUUAAACUGGUGUUUGUCAUGGAAGGCGAGGCACCCAAGCUGAAGGCAGACACCAUGAGUAAGAGAAAUGAGAUACGAUAUGGAGCUUCCAACAAACAUGGGGUUGCAAGAACAGGGAGAUCUUCUUUUAAAUCCAUUCUAAAAGAGUGCCUCCAGCUGCUGGAGUGUUUAGGUGUUCCAUGGGUUCAAGCAGCUGGGGAAGCAGAAGCAAUGUGUGCUUACCUGAAUGCAAAAGGCCAUGUCGAUGGGUGCAUUACCAAUGAUGGAGAUGUUUUCUUAUAUGGAGCUCAAACAGUUUAUAGGAACUUUGCCAUGAAUUCUAAGGAGCCACAUCUUGACUGCUACACAAUGUCCUCUAUUAAGGAGAAGCUUGGUUGUGACAGAGAGUCUUUGAUUGGACUAGCUGUUCUUCUGGGUUGUGAUUAUCUUCCAAAGGGCAUUCCAGGAGUUGGAAAAGAACAAGCUUUAAAAUUAAUUGAGACUUUGAGAGGUCAAAAUUUACUGCAAAGGUUUGAGCAAUGGAAAGAACAAUCUGAACAUGAUAAUAAUCCACCUUUGGUUGUUAAAAGAGUAGUGCACUGUUCUGAGUGCCAUCAUCCAGGAUCAUACAAGGAACAUGAGCGCGGUGGAUGUAAAUUCUGUGAAAGCACUAGAUACUGCAAACCCAGUGACUCCAAAUACUGCUGCCCUUGUGAAUGGCAUCAGUUAGAGCAAGUGAAACAAGCAAGUGCAGUGGAGGACAAUAUCAGAAAAAAAGCUAAGAGUUGUGAAGGCUUUCCAUUCUCUGAGGUUAUCCAAGAAUUUAUUGUAAACAAGAAUGAACUGAACAAGAUAAUGGAAUGCAAAAGGCCAAAUUUAUUGUCAUUUCAGAUAUUUGCUUCUGAGAAGAUGGAAUGGUCAAAGCAUUAUGCUUACAUGACUAUGGAUCCUGGGUACUUAAAAUGGAUACACAAGAAAAACAGCAAGAUGCAAAUAACUAUUUCCAUCUCAGUAUUUUCCUGGCAUCCAGUUCCUGUUACUCAGGAGUUCUCUGGGCCAGAGAUAGUCAAGACACGUGUUAAAAAUGGAAUUCCCUGUUUUGAAAUUGAGUGGCAAAAACCAGAACACUAUGUUGAUGCAGAAGAUGAGCCUAUGGAUUUGCAUGUAGUUACAAUAGAAGAGGAGUCUUUGUUUCAGGCUGCUUAUCCAGAUGUUGUUUCUCUUUACCAAAUGGAAAAGUCAGAAGCUCUGGCAAAGAAACAGAAAAACAAGAAAAACAGACCGAAAGAAAAGGAGUUAUCAGAUGCUUAUGGUGAAGUUACCAAUCUUCUGUCUCAAAUGAAUUUCAAGACUGCAUAUGAAAUUAUUCCUGUGCCAGACCACACAUCUGAUGGAAAAACUCCACCUGAAUAUCAGAUAUGCCAGAGAAGCACAGAAUCAAAAGAUCCAGUAAUGGCUGCAGCUUCUUGUGUAACAUCUGUUCAAAUGUCAGAAUCAGUUGGACUUUCUCUGACAGCAUCACCUUGCUUACACUUACAGAGUACAUCGACUGACUCAUCUGUAGUGCCAGUACAGUCUACUAAAAACUCAGGAGUGUCAUCUUCUGUAAUGGCAGAUCUACAACUGAGCAGUACUGAUAGGAAAGGAACCUUCUUCAGCACUUCACCAACCCAUGGAUAUUAUACCUGUGAUCCAGCAGCUGACUUGACUGCGUACAUAAAACACUCAUAUCCACUACAUCGUAGCUCAGAAUAUUCUGGUGCUGCACAGUCAGACCAAGAUCAUUCUGAUAGUGCAGAUGAUUUGCUUUCAGAUGGCCGUAUGGAACAGCUUCAAAAGUUGUCUUUAAGGGAGCGUAUACUUAAGAUGACUUCUGUUCCAUCAAAGCUUAUGCUGCCAGAAGAUGUAAUGCCACAGGAGCCUUUCAGACACUUUAAACACACAGAAGCAGCAUUGAAACUUGAUAAUCUCUCUUCCUCAUGUCAGUUAAAUAAACUAGUGCGAGACACUAAAAAUAUGCUACCAGAAACCUGUGCAAGUGAAUCCAGUGCACCUGUUUCACAAGAAGGUGACACCCUGCAUGAAAUGAUACAGAAAGACCAUAAUAUAAGCAGUUCAACAUCUCUAGUCCCCAGUGGACAAACAACAGAGCUGUUGCAUAGUGUGUGUGAAGUGCUUCCACAGCCUCAAAAGCCAGCAAAUGUUGUUCCUGUCUGUAACGUUACAAAAGCUUAUACUCAGACUGCUUGGAAAACUUCUUUUAAGAGUGUGUGUCAGGGCAAGUGCUCUUCUAGCGAGGACAGUGAUGAUGGGAACAUGAAUAAAAAUCCAAUUUGUAAGCAGAAGAAAAGACAACUGAACCCUGACCAGUUUAAAAAAACUUUUGCGAAGAAAAGGUAUAACACUGCUAGUAUCAAAAGUACAAGCAGUGACUCAGCACUUGUAAUUAAAGGGAGGGAGAAAACCACCAAUUUUAAGCAAGUUGGUGGGAAUUUGUCGUUAGAGGUCUUUCCAGAAGAUUCCUCUGUAGUUGAAGUUGAUUGUUCCCAAAGUUCAGAACAGCUGUUUCAGGGUGUAGGUUCCAGUCCUGCACAACAAGCUGACAGUGAUGUUCUGAUUUCUGCGUGGGCGGACAGUCCCCUUCCCCUGUCUGAAAGACUAAAAAGAAGACUCAAAAGCAAUUAGGUUGCUCAUAAAAUAAUUAUGGUAACAAUUAACUCUGAAACAUCACUUCUCAUAGAGCUAUUUUUCAAAGUUUCUCCUGUGCUAUGUAAAUUGAAGUAGAAACAUUCAUGAUGAAUAAGAAGUGUUGUGAAAUACUUUAUACCGGUGCUAAAGUUUGAAACUAAAAUGUUGACAAAUAUUAAAUCAGACAUUAUAAGCAAAUACCAAUUAUUCUGGCCUUGGAACAGUAGACUGUAGUAUACAAGGGAGCAGGUUUGGUACUUUUGAAUUAUGAAGUAUUUUUCUCCGCUGGAACUUUGAAAUCUGCCAUGCUGACUUAAUCUUGCUACUUUAAACUAUCCUUUUCAAACUAUGGGAUGCUGCAUGUGUUGAUUAUCUCUAAUGGGUCAGAAAGAGACAUGCAGCGGAUGUACGUUUGAGUAUAGCUAAAUUUAUAAUACACUGUGCCCUGUAAUAAACCUCUUUGAAUGUUUGUACCUUCCCGAUGGAACAAGCCAUAUAAGGAUAUUCUGGUUUUGUAGCUGUCACUUGUGCUAUUAAAGAAAAUGUGAUGGCUGUUUUAACCACGUAAGUUAGGGCAUUUUUAAUUUACAGAGCGUAUGCAAUUCCAUCUAAUGUUCACAUAUACUAAGAUAAAAGUUAAAUACAGAAUAUCAAAAUCUGAUGACAAUAUUGCAGACUUUCUGAUAAAUAUCAUGCGCUGUGUUUAAUUUUACAGUGGGAACUAAAAUGCAGUUUGAUUUUGGAAGGUGUUUUUUUUUCCUCUUUAUAAUCAAGCAAACUGAUCAUAAACAAAAAAAUACUGCCUUCUGAAGCUUAUUAGAAAAUUUUUCCUUACCUGUACUUAAGCAUUCAUAGUUUUUUUUUUGUACUAACCAGAAUGAAGGCCCAUCUUACUCACAUGCAGUGUUUAUAUUCUACUUGGUUUAUAUUAUUCGUGUAUUAAUGAAAAGGUCAAUUAUUUCUUACAAAGGCAGAAACCUUAGAAGUUAGGAAGCUAAACUCUAGCUGUAUUUAAAGAAGAAGUAGUGAAUACAAUCUGUAAUUAGUGAAAAUGGUAACUUCUUAGCUUGCCUGCUGGCAGGUAGAGAAAGCUGAUUUGUAGUAAAUGUUCUGAAUGAGAAAUGAAUUACAUAGAUGAGCAAAAAUUCCAAAACCAUUGGAAACGUUUUCAGUUUUGAAGAUAGUUUCUUUCUGGAGGCUCACCACCCAGAUGGUGUGAGUGUAUAUCUGAAAGAACAGAAGCGCUAUGGAGAAUCAGAGUAGCAGUCACCUGCCCAUUAGAAAGGGAGAGAUUUCAGAUGUUGCAGUCAAUGGUGGACUGAUUUUGUAUGUGUGCAGAGAAACACUUGUUUAUGUUUGAUUCUAUUUUUUUUCUUGCUGCUGAUUUUUGAAUACCGAAGGUUGUAAUCGGUAGCUUGAAUUUCCAUGAAUAAAAAUAUCAGCACUAUACAACCA